UUCAUGAGUUCCUGUGGACUGUCUGCACUGGUGGUUGGUGAAGGGGUCCUUUGCUUUUCUUUCCUUUUUUUUGUUGAGUCAUGUUCUACUGGCAGAGUUUGUUUUAGUCUUCAUUGCUAGCAUUUAAGUGACCUUGAGCCAGUAUCUUCCUUUUUCAGCAACUCAGUUCUCCUUUCUUGGUGGUGACCUCUCAGUGCCCCAGGUCAAGAGAGGCUGCCACCGCAGAGUGUCUGGUUGGCUGUUUGAGGAAACAGCUCUCUAGGCACGUGGUUUGGGGUCUUGGAAGUAGACACACGCGGAGACCUGUCCAUGAUUAUGACUCAGUAAAGAACCAUAAAGGAGCUGCCCCAGGCUUGAGGAACCAGCAAAAAAGAAGGCAGGCUGGCCUGGUGGAAGCAUCUCCUGCCUAGGCUGUUGGGAUGUGGAGCAGCAGGAGGCAGCGGUUGCUGCUAGCUGUGCAUAAAGGGACAGUCAGAUGCUCCUGCAGUUGGCCAGGCUCCAAGAGCCAGCCGUCCUGAGGGUUACUCAGCAGCCUGUAGGGCUCUACAGCGCAGCAGAUAAAGUGCAGGCCACAGCUGGUCAGGAGGAUAACCCAGAUUAGAACGUGAUGUCCGGUGAUAGCCGGGCUUCAGGGUGACCCAGCACAGCCCGGUGUCUUGCUCCUCUCCCAGCCCACUCUCUCUCAGCACUGAUCAGCCAGGGGCAGGUACUUGCAGAGGGCAGAAAAACGAUUUAACACAAAGCAAAUAUUUUGUUCUCUGUAGAAUGGGCUGUUAAAUCCUUAAUUAAAGUGCGGCCUUAUGUGAUCUGUCAUUGAACUGCAUUCAGCAUGAGGAAGAAUACUUCCGGUCAGCUGAGUGUUUGCCGUUGGUGGGCGACACAGUGACCAUAGGGGUACCGGGAGGCCUGCGGGUGACUCGCUCUGCCGGUGAGUCUAGGUGCUGGUUGGAGCUGAAACUAGAGGACCGUUCUGUGGUACCCCGAGAUGUGGUCCGGCACAUGCGAUCCACUGACAGUCAGUGUGGCACAGUGAUUGACGUCAACAUCGACUGCGCCGUCAAGCUCAUUGGCACCAACUGCAUCAUCUAUCCCGUCAACAGCAAGGACCUGCAGCACAUCUGGCCCUUCAUGUAUGGGGACUACAUUGCCUAUGACUGCUGGCUGGGGAAGGUCUACGACUUGAAGAACCAGAUCAUCCUGAAGCUAUCCAACGGCGCCAGGUGCUCCAUGAACACGGAGGAUGGUGCCAAGCUCUACGACGUCUGCCCUCACGUCAGCGACUCGGGUCUCUUCUUUGACGAUUCCUACGGCUUCUACCCAGGCCAGGUGCUCAUUGGCCCCGCCAAAAUCUUCUCCAGCGUCCAGUGGCUGUCAGGUGUCAAGCCCGUGCUCAGUACCAAGAGCAAGUUCCGAGUGGUGGUGGAAGAGGUGCAGGUUGUAGAGCUGAAAGUUACAUGGAUUACAAAGAGUUUCUGUCCAGGGGGCACGGACAGCGUCAGCCCCCCACCCUCUGUCAUCACCCAGGAAAACCUAGGCAGGGUGAAGCGUCUCGGAUGCUUUGACCAUGCUCAGCGGCAGCUUGGGGAGCGCUGUCUGUAUGUCUUCCCAGCCAAGGUAGAGCCAGCCAAGAUUGCCUGGGAAUGUCCAGAAAAAAACUGCGCCCAGGGGGAGGGCUCUAUGGCCAAGAAGGUGAAGCGCCUGUUGAAGAAGCAGGUUGUGCGGAUCAUGUCAUGCUCCCCGGACACCCAGUGUUCCAGGGACCAUUCCAUGGAAGACCCAGACAAGAAGGGGGAAGCCAAAGCCAAGAGUGAAGCAGACUCCGCCAGCCCUGAGGAGACACCUGAUGGCUCUGCCAGCCCAGUGGAGAUGCAGGACGAGGGCGCAGAGGAGCCCCACGAGGCAGGAGAUCAGCUGCCCCCAUUCCUGCUAAAAGAAGGUAGAGACGACAGGCUGCACUCGGCAGAGCAGGACGCAGAUGAUGAGGCUGCUGAUGACACGGAUGACACCAGCUCAGUGACCUCCUCCGCCAGCUCCACCACUUCCUCCCAGAGUGGCAGUGGCACAAGUCGCAAAAAGAGCAUCCCCUUGUCCAUCAAAAACUUGAAGCGCAAACACAAGAGGAAGAAGAACAAAAUCACCCGAGACUUCAAGCCAGGGGACAGGGUGGCAGUGGAGGUGGUGACCACAAUGACCUCAGCUGACGUGAUGUGGCAGGAUGGCUCCGUGGAAUGCAACAUCCGCUCCAAUGACCUCUUCCCCGUGCACCACCUGGACAACAAUGAGUUCUGCCCCGGAGACUUCGUGGUAGAUAAGCGAGUCCAGAGCUGUCCAGACCCUGCUGUCUACGGUGUGGUACAGUCUGGCGACCACAUCGGUCGUACCUGCAUGGUGAAGUGGUUCAAGCUGCGGCCAAGUGGGGACGACGUGGAGCUAAUUGGAGAAGAGGAAGAUGUGAGUGUUUACGACAUUGCUGACCACCCUGACUUUAGGUUCCGUACAACUGACAUCGUCAUCCGCAUCGGCAAUACUGAGGAUGGGGCUCCUCACAAGGAGGAUGAGCAGCCAUCAGUAGGCCAGGUGGCCCGUGUGGAUGUCAGCAGCAAGGUGGAGGUGGUGUGGGCUGACAAUUCAAAGACCAUCAUCUUGCCCCAGCACUUGUACAACAUCGAGUCUGAGAUCGAGGAGUCAGACUAUGAUUCAGUAGAAGGCAGCACCAGCGGGGCAUCCUCUGAUGAGUGGGAAGAUGACAGUGACAGCUGGGAGACGGACAAUGGGCUGGUGGAGGAUGAGCACCCCAAGAUAGAGGAGCCCCCCAUCCCACCCACGGAGCAGCCAGUGGCCCCUGAGGAGGACAAGGGAGUGGUGAUCAGUGAAGAGGCAGCCACAGCUGCUGUCCAGGGGGCUGUGGCCAUGGCCGCCCCCAUGGCCGGGCUGAUGGAGAAGGCUGGCAAGGACGGGCCUCCCAAGAGCUUCCGGGAGUUGAAAGAGGCCAUCAAGAUCCUGGAGAGCCUCAAGAACAUGACUGUGGAGCAGCUGCUGACGGGCUCGCCCACCUCUCCCACUGUGGAGCCUGAGAAGCCAACUCGGGAGAAGAAGUUUCUGGAUGACAUCAAGAAGCUACAGGAAAACCUCAAGAAAACCCUGGACAAUGUGGCCAUUGCAGAGGAGGAGAAAAUGGAGGCAGUGCCCGACGUAGAGCGCAAGGAGGACAAGCCCGAGGGGCAAUCACCUGUGAAGGCCGAGUGGCCCAGUGAGACACCGGUGCUCUGUCAGCAGUGUGGUGGCAAGCCUGGUGUCACCUUCACCAGCGCCAAGGGCGAGGUCUUCUCCGUGCUGGAGUUUGCGCCCUCAAAUCAUUCUUUUAAGAAAAUUGAGUUCCAGCCUCCAGAAGCUAAGAAGUUCUUCAGCACAGUGCGGAAGGAGAUGGCACUGCUGGCUACCUCACUGCCUGAGGGCAUCAUGGUCAAGACUUUUGAAGAUAGAAUGGACCUCUUCUCAGCCCUCAUCAAGGGCCCCACCCGAACCCCCUACGAGGACGGCCUCUACUUGUUUGACAUUCAGCUCCCCAACAUCUACCCAGCCGUGCCCCCCCACUUCUGCUACCUCUCCCAGUGCAGUGGCCGCCUGAACCCCAACCUGUAUGACAAUGGGAAGGUGUGCGUCAGCCUCCUGGGCACCUGGAUUGGAAAGGGGACAGAGAGGUGGACGAGCAAGUCCAGCCUUCUCCAGGUGCUCAUCUCCAUCCAAGGUCUGAUCCUGGUGAACGAACCAUACUACAACGAAGCCGGCUUUGACAGUGACCGGGGCCUGCAGGAAGGCUAUGAGAACAGUCGCUGCUACAAUGAGAUGGCGCUGAUCCGUGUGGUGCAGUCCAUGACCCAGCUGGUGCGGCGGCCCCCUGAGGUCUUUGAGCAGGAGAUCAGGCAACACUUUAGCACUGGUGGCUGGCGGCUGGUGAACCGCAUCGAGUCCUGGCUGGAAACCCACGCCCUGCUGGAGAGGGCCCAGGCUCUGCCUAAUGGGGUCCCCAAGGCCAGCUGCUCUCCAGAGCCCCCAGCUAUAGCCGAGCUCUCAGACUCCGGCCAACAAGAACCUGAGGAUGGAGGGCCAGCUCCAGGAGAGGCCUCCCAGGGCUCAGACUCAGAGGGCGGUGCGCAGGGCCCAGCCUCAGCUAGCAGGGACCACACAGACCAGACUUCAGAGACCGCACCAGACGCAUCGGUGCCGCCCAGUGUCAAACCAAAGAAGCGGAGAAAGAGCUACCGGAGCUUCUUACCUGAGAAGAGUGGCUACCCUGACAUCGGCUUCCCCCUCUUCCCGCUUUCCAAGGGUUUCAUCAAGAGCAUCCGGGGUGUCCUGACGCAAUUCCGGGCUGCCCUGCUAGAGGCAGGCAUGCCGGAGUGCACAGAGGACAAGUAGGUGCCAGGCACAGAGGAAGGAGCAUCACCGUGGGAGAGACUAGCCGCCGUCUGCUCACUCCCCCCGGAAUCGCCCUCUUCCCAUGCCCCUCUGUCCCCACUGCAAGCCCUCACUGCCCUCUUCUCCCCAAGGUGAGUUUGAUGCUGAAGUACAAGAAGUAUGCUGAGAUGCCGCCAUUUAUUCUGAAGUGAGAUUUCAACAGGCGGUCCCCCGUGGCAAAGAAAAUCGGAACCUUGUUGCUGAUUUUCCAUUUGUCACCCCAGCAGAAUGUCCCGGCACUUGCUCCCUUGCUGUCCCUUCUCAGGUCAGAGGUGGGUAUUCCAGGGCUUGCCGCUGGGCUCUCUGGGCCGGUGCCCUGCAGACCCGCAGGAGAGCAGAUGUGCCUUGCAUGAAGUGUGGGUUGCGCCAACAAUUCCCCUGGUCCUUUUCAGCCUCUUCAAUUCAACUUGAGCCUCCCUGUGUCCCAAACCCUCCUGCUGCCACCUCCACCAGGUCCUCCUCCCUAGUCCCCCAGCGUCAACACUAUCCCUUGGGAGUUGUAGCUGCUGUCACUGACUCCCAGCUCUACACUGGCCUGUCGACCACAUUGUAGCCCCCAGGCCUGUUGAACUUGCUCUCUAAGAGAGGUUGGGACCAGGCUGGGUUCAGGGUGACACCCAUUAGAGGUGGUGGCCUUCAUAUAUGCACACGGAGUUGAGGACCAGGGAGCUGCGGGGAAAGCAACAGCUGUAGGUGCCUUGCUCUCCUGUUGGAGGUUGCUGGGGCGAGAGCAGCUGCACAAGGCCAGGGCAAGUGCUAGGGCCUCUCCCCCAUCACAUGGUCACACUGGGACGUGGCGUGCAGCUCACUGAACUCCGAGCGAGCCAGCCCUCUCUUGGACUAGGAGGAGGCCUGCUGUCAGCCCUUUGCUUACAAACUGCAGGCUCAAUCCAGAAGGGGAUGGCCGGCAGGGGCUCUCCUAGUGCCCAGAGACAGGCCCAGAGGUUUACAAGUUUUCUAAGCUUUUGAUAAUGUGAAGCUCCAGGCCGAGAGGAUGCUGUUGAGCACAUUGCAGCUAUGUAAUUUUUGGUGUAUGUAUGUAAUAUUUAAGGUUGGGAAAAAAAGCUCGAAAGCAAAGAUAUUAACUCUUAUUAGAAAAAAAGACACAAAAAAAAAGCCAAAGCAUGAUGCGUCUUGUCAGCCUUAAGUGGGCUCCACACCUGUGCUGUGCUGUGACCGCCCAGCCAGCAGAGCUGCGGGACGACGGAGCCGGGCCACGCGCUGUGGCAUUUGGAGCCGAGUCGGUAUCUUGUUUGAGAAACACCCAGAGUGACUGGUGGGGCUGAGCUUCCCAGUGCAUUGUACAUGUGGAGAUGUGAAUGCCUACUGCUUACACUAUCUGUAUAAAGUGCUGUGUGAUUAAACUUUUUUUUACUUGCA